AAUAAAUAAAUAAUAAAAUAUUUAUAAUAUUUGAUUUAGUUAAAUUAAAAAUAAUUUCUUAAAGGAUUUACAAUACAGAAUUACAGAAAAAAUCGAAAGAGAAUCUACAGAAUGAAAGAAAGUUCAGUUGAUAUGAUUUUUUUACAACUACUGCAUCUAGAACGUAACAAAUGUUAAAGGCUUUCAAUGUUAGUGAAAAGCAAAAUUAAAAAAAAAUAAAAGAAUAAAAAAAAAUGAAGCGAAGGACGUCUGUUGUACAGCUGAAAACCAUAUUUGAAAUAUGACGUCUUACACUCAAAACGAUUAUUAUUUUAAUGAAAUCGAUGCCUUAUCCUGCAAUAACCGACCAAUUAGCAGCACUUUACCCAGUAAAAGCACUUACAAUACGUAUGAAAGUCAAACAGAAGAUCAGACAUCUAGUUAUGAUUUGUAUGGCAACCAAGAGUACAACGACGGUAGUAGCUGUGAUAGCUACAACCACCAUCAAAGAUCAGCAUCUACCAUGUCAAAUGCCGGUAAUUAUAAUGUCUCAUAUUACAGCAAUGAUUACAACCAAUAUUGUAAAAACGUAAUCACUACAGACAACAACUUAAUCUACCAUCGCGAUGCCUGCAGUGGCGAUAGUAGUGAUCGUUACGAUAUUUAUUCCACGCUUGAUUACGGUGAUUAUGACAAUCUUAGAGGCGAGUUUAUGAAUUAUGGAACGACAGUGGGCGAAGAGGGAAAUGACCGACCAUUUACGUCUCUGGGAGAUAGUAAUAAUAAAAUGUUGCCCCAAGUGCCACCAGUGCAGCAUAGCCAUAGUAUGUGGGAUGGUAUGUACAGUACAGGCCAAAACAGACCGAGCAAUGUCAGUCUACCGUCAACACCCACAUUUCGAUAUAAUAGUGCAAGUGUUGGCGGUAGAGGUAUGACCUCUAAUAAUGGGGAUUGGGACAGAGGGUUCGUGGCGAAUGGUGUGAAGGCUCAGUUAAAUGGUCAACGACAUUAUGACCACAGCGAUGACGCAGGGUUUUAUGGUCACAAGCCACCUGAGCGCGUAUUACCUUUGCCCCAGUCCCAGCCUCAGACCUAUGCGAGGAAAUAUUUAAAACAAGCAUUUUUUGAAGAUAACACCGACACCAAUAUGGCCACUAGUACAACAUCGAUGUCGGCAUAUAGAAAUGAAAUAAAUCUGGAUUAUAAAAAGCAGCAACCUUUUACGUCCGCCACACAAAAUCUUCCCCCACACAAUUUGUAUUAUGAUAAUGGCGGUCUCAUGGAAACCACAAUUAAUAGUCGUGAAAAGGAUUACAAUAAUUCUUAUAACUCCUACGAGUCCCGUUACUCGAUAGAGCCACGGCCACAUACCGCCAUGCAAUCGACGGACGAGUAUAACGAUUUUGGAUUGAAUUCUUUGGACAAUAUGUCAACGUAUAGUGAUACAACGGUACCAACUGCAACUGCAACCGCCAACAUUUAUGCCAACCAACAAAAAUUACAAGACUUGCAAAAAUGUCGUUACUCCAUCAUUAUGGCCAUGACAACAGCAUCUGUCAUUGCCAGCGGCGAAACCCGUAUACCACAACAUUUGCUAAAGAAAUCAACAACAAAAACCUCGACAAGUAAUGUAACAGAUGCAACAGGUGUUUCCUCAACAGGUGGUGUGUGCUCAAAACUUGGAACUGGUGCAGGACUGACUUCAUCAAUGUCGUAUAGAUAUGAUGAUAAUAGUGGUUUCGUGGCUAUUGGUAGUAAUAACAAAAGCAGUAGCAUAAGUGGGAGCAACAAUAUACAAACGUCAUGUGCCUAUACGAACGUAACAAUGAUAUCAAAUCUCAGCUCAGCGAAUUUGCCACCCGUUACGUUUUCGACAGCAGCUUCAUCCUCAAUACUGUUGUUGUCGUCAGCCUCGCCAGUCGUGGCUGAUAGUGCAAGCAACAGUAGCAUGGGACAUUCUGGCCACGUCGCCACUGCGUCUACAGCGACAGCGACAGGUGCGACAACAGAAACUUCGGAAGCGUCGAGCUUGUCGCUUCUGAAAAACUUGACUUCUAGAAAAUUGCCAAAACCUCAUCACACUGGUCAUGGACACGUGGCCAACAAACAAUUGCCUGAAUCACCUCAAUACCAGUUAAGUCAUGCCGCAACAAGCAAAGCACUACCACAAAUCCCACAAUUAUCGUCGCCGACAGCAAACGAUACAUUAGAUAACAUUAAUUUAACAUCGUCCAUUUUAUCAGCAACAUCCUCAUCAUUAACAUCAUCAACGUUUUCGCUAGCAUAUCAAGCUACUUCUUUAGCAAGCUCAAGCUCAUUAAUAACAUCUGUUACAAAAACAGAAGCAGCUGCUGCAGUAACAUCGUCAUCCCUAGCAGCCCAUUUCUUGCCUAACAACAAUAACAAUACAACGGAUGCGAAAAACUAUGAUAACUUUAAUAAUUACAAAAAUAAUAAUGUUUUCAAUAAUAAUGUACAAACUGCUGAUGACAAGUAUUGCUUAGUAUCAUUUCAAACCCAACAAGAUAAAGAAAAAGCCAAAGGUAAUGCUGAAGAUAAAUCAGAAGCAGCAAAAGAUGGUGAAGAAGCCAUUUAUCAUUUAUCAACGACACCGUCCAGAUUAAACAGUUUAACAGCUAUAAAUGACGCCACUUCGGAAGUAUUCCAUCAAUACAAAAUAUCAACGCAAUACGAUUCAUUACUCUCUUCAUCAACAUCAUCAUCAUCAUCACCACAAGUAGCUAGGACUGAAGCAGCACCUGCAGCAACAACAACAUCAACAACAUCAAUAUCAACAUUAUCAGCUUUAGCAAAAACUACAACUUCCCCAACAACAGCAACUGAAAUUGAUCAUGAUUAUAAAACCCCAUACGACUAUAGCGAUUAUCUAAAACCCUAUACAUUGCCAACAUUCUCCAGUAGCAGCAAGAGUAACAGCAAUAACACCAAUCUCCAAUUUACCCUUAACCAAAAACCUAAUAGUAGCAGUUAUUUACCAUUAUAUCCUAGUCUAGAUAUUCAUACCAACUAUUUAACAUUAUCAUCCACCAUAACCACUGACACGUCAACCACGCUUUCUUCAUCAUCAUCAUCCAGUGUGACGUGUACUUCGACAGCACCAGCCCACAAAACUGUAAAUUCACAAGGUUCAUCCAAAAUUUUAGCAAUAAAUAACACAGGACUUAAUAAUAUAAUAACAGCUUUAAAUCUAAGUGAUAAUAAUAUUAGCCGUAGAAGUAGCAUAAGUUCGCCUGUAACGAAAUUGGCAAGUCCUAGUAAAAGUGUUGUUCCAAUUACCUCAAUAACAAGUUAUGCAGCAACAACAGCAACAUUAUCGUCAUCCAAUGUUCAAACAUCAGUAGCGUCCUCAUCAUCAAACACCUUAACAGCAUAUUUCGAUCAUGCCUCAAUGAACUCAUCAUCAAUAACCCCGACAAAAUAUAGCGAAACUAGUUUGGAGACGAAGACGAUAGAGACCAAAGACACUUCGUCUUCGUCUGCUUUGUAUAUAGAUGAUUACGACGACUACGAUUACGAUAGUUAUUUAAACGACUAUAAGCUCGGUUUUACAACGGCAGCAGCAACAGCAACAACAGCAACAACAACAUCAUCACCUACAACACAUACUACAGCGACGACUACCUCGUCGUUAACAACCACAUCCUCUUCUAUGUUGAAUAAUUCAUGCCCGACAAGCACAAUGUCCUCGUCAUCUUAUACGACAACAACUACAACCAUAAUACAAGCAAACGACAAUAGUUGUUAUUCGAUUAAUAACAAUGAAGCCGAAUUGGCUUCAGAGUUGUCAUUCACACCAAAUUGUUUGUUUACAACAACUGAAACUACAGCGCCCAAGGCUGACUCUACACCGACAUCAACCCAACAAGCCAAGACUGCCACGGCUGCUAUAUCAACUACAGCCUUAUAUGCAGACUAUUUAAAAGACUAUAGCGCAGUGACGGCUUCAUCGUCCACUUACUUCGUAACGGAUGAAACGAACAGCAAGUCAUCUCAAGAGCUACCCUCGUACAUAAUGGACUUUAUAUUGACUUCGAACUCCAUUGAAUACGAUAGUCAAAAUUAUUUGAAUUUAUAUAAAAUUAAAGAAGAGGAUAACACGAUAACAGACAAAGACACAUAUACCGACACCGACACCGACACCACCACAGACAUAAAACAAUUAAAGGCCGCCAAUAACAACAAUAUCAUAAUUAGCACACACAAAUCCAUUGACAAGAGCAUAGCCACAUCUGUAGAUGAUUUGGAAGUAAUAGCAACUGCUGCAGCAACAACAGUUAAAGCUGAAAGUACGGCCACAACACUUCACACAUCGGAAUUUACAACAUCUCCAUCCCCAUCCCCAUCAUCCACACUAAUUGCAGCAACAGGAACAACAACCGCAAACCAACUGACUGCCAACACUGCCUUGACGAUGGUUGAUUUUGAUGACAAUUUUUAUAACAGCUUUAGUGUGAACCUAAAUUCAUUGAUGGCCGACACUACGACAUCUGAGAUUAUCAGUACUCAGUACACUACUAUGCCAGUGACAAACUAUAACAACAUCACAGAAAAAAAACCAUCAUUAACAUGUGAAACAACAUCGUCCAUUGACAUAUUUACCGCGCCUGUAUAUUCAAAUUCAGACCAAUACAGCAAGUCCCUAUUUAAUAUUAGUAGCUUAGUUGCGAGUAGAAGUGAGCCCACAGAUGUUGCUGGCGAUUUUUAUACAAAAUCUACAUCCACAAUGGCAACAGCGACAACAGCGGCUAUAUCAACCAUGCAAUCAGCAGUAGCGUCCUCCACCAGCUCUUCCACCUCCCAAAAAUCCACCACAGCUGGCACUAAAGCAGUCACCAUGUUGGGUGGCCUGUCGCAGAGUCUAAAGGGAGGAUUGGAUGGUGUGUUGGCAGCUGCUGGCAGCAAUGAACCGCAACAACAAAAACGAGGUUUCGGUUUUGGCUUAGCCUCGAAGUUUGUGCCUAAUGUGGGCGGCUUAUUAGGCGCCGCCACAAAAUCUACAGCUCCUAGUUCGACUACAACACAACCUUCAAAGAUCGUUGUGUCUGAACCAAUACAACAUACCCAAAGUCCACAAAUCUCCGUGUCGUACAAUAAACAAAUUGAAUAUAACUAUGACACAACAGUUACCACCACACCUCAUGUAACAUCUUCUCUACAAGACAGCUAUUAUGAUUUUGUUACCACCAAUGGUAAUGUUAUUAUAACAGAUGCCAACAACCAACAACUAGAUAGGGACUAUGUGGUAUCAUCACACAACACAGAUAUUUAUGGUAAUGGGGAAAACGAUGUUCAGGGUGGUGGCCUCUACUACAACAGCAGUCAAACUACGUUCUAUCAUAUGACAAGUAGUGUGGACUAUGCCCAAGACGAAAUGGUCAAUCAUUCGGAACAAAUGAUAAUGUACGAUGACGCUGUCACUGGGGAUAUGAAUGAUGUGGGUAUAGAGUAUUAUGCUGAUGAAAACCAUGCUAUUGAUGUGUAUGGCGGCUACAGCGAGUAUGAAACUGUCGCAACUACUGCUCAUUUUAUUGACACCUCCAUAGCGUACUCUACAGCAAGUGCAACAGUGGCAACAACAUCAGCAUCUGCCUCAUCUUCCGUGCAAUCUAACAAUUCGACCACUGUGACAGCAGCCAAAAAAGCUACCAGUUCUAUAUUGUCAUCUCUAACUAAUGUAGCAUCACAGAUCUCACAGCAAACUUCUUCUUCAGCGCCAGCUGCUACCACAGCCGUAGCUACAACAUGUAUCAGCACUUCACAAGCAACUAGUACAAAAUCAAGUAGUGGUGGCAUGUUGGGUUCCAUUUUUGGCAAAGCAGCGGCAGCAAUGCAAACAGCCAGUCAAGUUGUGAAUCAAGGUGCCUCAAUGGCCAGCACAAAAGUUCAAAAGAAUUUGCAACCUACAGCUGCCGCUUCGCUCAUUAAGCGGGUGCCAAUUAAAGAGGAACCUACCACCACAUGUGCUGCAAACUACUACCAAAGAAGCACUAUAUCUCAGCAAGACUCGCUAGCCAGUCCAUACGCAUCGAGCUAUGGCGGCAGUGGUGAUGAUUACGAUAAUAGCAAUAUGCCCAAUAAUGAUGGAGGCUUCGAUCAACAUCAAUUGGACGAGCAAGAGGAGGAGGAUUAUUACUAUUCAAAUCAAAACCACCACAAUAUACUUCAGCAGUCUCCGCAGAAACUAUUACCAACGGUGCCACCAGCUGGUGGAUCCACUGGCAAAAAACUGCCCACCAUCAAUGAUAAAUCGGGUUGUUUGGUUAAACAACAGCCGACCGAGAUUUACGAAGAGGACCCCGAAGUUCUUGACAAUAAGUCUCUACCGUACAUGCAAAUGGUUCCGACUUAUGACAUCGAUAGUGAGCAGGCCGAUUACUACAUGGAUAAUCAGCCAGUGGCACCGUCUGCUAGACACAUGGCCGCUAAUGGUUAUUAUGAGCACACAAAUGGUGGCAGUUAUGAUUAUCGGAAUGAUUAUUUCAACGAAGAGGAUGAAUUAAAAUAUCUGGAGAAGGAGAAGAUCCAAGCCAAGCAGGAUGUAAUAUAUAGUACAAAUAAGCAGCAGCAGCAGCUACGGCAAAUACACAAACAGUCGUCCUUGCAGUAUGUGCUGGAUGAUGAUUACCAACAGGAACAAAAUGAAAUUAUGGAUGACUACAUGGACGAUAUGUAUCAUAGUGAGGAUAGUGGCAAUUAUCUAGAUGAAAGUUCCAGCGUAAGUGUCAAAGGUUUAAGAACUCAUCAACAGCAGGCACCAACCACAACAGCAUCAUUGGAUGAUUCACAUCACCCAGCUGAAUGCACGACCUCUUCAGCUUUAUCCACAACGUUAGAAUCAGUGGCGACAUCAGCGACAUCAGCACCACAUCAUCAGAUCAAGAAACAAGACAGUAUUAUACUAGAAGAAGAAGAAAAGGAUGACAUUUCCUCAAUCGUUGGCCUUCAAGACACCACCACCGUAUCAUCACCAUCGAAGUCGCUUAGCCGCAAAUCUAGUCAUGACAUUGCCAAUGUCGAAGACGAUCAAAUAGGUGAUUUACAUAUGGUAUCAGCCAGUCUUCGAUCUUCGCAGUCGAGAAAAAUGAAGCUCAUGCGUGGUGAAACGGAAGAAGUCGUUGGUGGGCAUAUGCAAAUUAUGAAACGUAAGACAGAAGUAACGGCAAAACAGCGUUGGCACUGGGCAUACAACAAGAUCAUACUGCAAUUAAAUAAUGGCAGCAGUUCAGGUGAUGUGGGCUUACGUGGUAAUGGUCAUCCUGGUGACAAUCCUUUCUACAGUAAUAUCGACAGUAUGCCGGAUAUUCGACCGCGUCGAAAAUCUAUACCAUUGGUAUCAGAACUUACUAUGGCCGCAACAAAACGGAAUGCAGGUCUCACAUCUGCAGUACCGAGAGCAACUCUAAAUGAUGAGGAAUUGAAAAUGCAUGUGUAUAAGAAGGCAUUGCAGGCAUUAAUUUAUCCGAUUUCAUCGACCACCCCACAUAAUUUUGUUUUAUGGACUGCAACAUCACCCACCUAUUGUUACGAGUGCGAGGGUCUUUUAUGGGGCAUUGCCCGUCAAGGUGUUCGCUGUACGGAGUGUGGCGUAAAAUGUCACGAAAAAUGCAAGGAUCUCCUAAAUGCCGAUUGUUUGCAAAGAGCUGCCGAGAAAAGCUCUAAACAUGGAGCUGAAGACAAAGCACAUUCGAUAAUAACGGCUAUGAAGGAACGCAUGAAACAACGCGAAAGAGAAAAGCCCGAAAUAUUUGAGCUUAUAAGAACGGUAUUCAACGUAGAGGAAAAAAGUCAUACAGGUCAUAUGAAAGCUGUGAAACAGAGCGUCCUGGAUGGCACCAGCAAAUGGUCAGCUAAAAUAGCAAUAACAGUGAUAUGUGCUCAAGGCCUGAUAGCGAAGGAUAAAAGCGGUACCAGUGAUCCAUAUGUGACGGUGCAGGUUAGCAAGGUGAAAAAGCGUACUCGUACCAUGCCCCAGGAAUUAAAUCCUGUGUGGAAUGAAAAAUUUCAUUUCGAGUGUCACAAUUCGUCAGAUCGCAUAAAAGUGCGUGUAUGGGAUGAGGAUAAUGAUCUCAAAUCGAAAUUACGUCAAAAGUUAACACGCGAAUCGGAUGAUUUUCUCGGCCAAACCAUAAUAGAAGUGCGUACGUUGUCUGGUGAAAUGGACGUGUGGUAUAAUUUAGAAAAGCGCACCGACAAAUCGGCGGUGUCUGGAGCCAUACGUCUUCACAUAUCGGUGGAAAUAAAGGGCGAAGAAAAGGUGGCACCUUAUCACGUUCAAUACACCUGUUUGCAUGAGAAUCUUUUUCAUUAUCUCUGCGAAGAUAAUUCGGGCAUGGUUAAGUUGCCGCAACAAAAGGGAGAUGAUGCGUGGAAACUCUAUUUUGAUGAGAUACCAGAGGAAAUUGUUGACGAGUUUGCCAUGCGUUACGGCAUUGAGAAUAUUUAUCAGGCUAUGACACAUUUUCACUGCCUUUCGGCCAAAUAUCUUUGCCCCGGAGUUCCAGCAGUCAUGAGUACAUUAUUGGCCAAUAUCAAUGCUUAUUAUGCUCAUACAACCGCUUCAUCGGCCGUUUCGGCGAGUGAUCGUUUUGCUGCUAGUAACUUUGGGAAAGAAAAGUUCGUUAAACUCUUGGACCAAUUACACAAUUCGUUACGAAUUGAUUUAUCAAUGUAUCGCAAUAAUUUCCCCGCAUCUAGUCAAGAGAAGCUAAUGGAUUUGAAAUCGACUGUGGAUCUGUUGACCAGCAUAACAUUUUUCCGCAUGAAAGUGCAAGAAUUAUCUAGUCCGCCGAGAGCAAGUACUGUCGUCAAAGAUUGCGUCAAAGCUUGUCUUAGAUCCACUUAUCAAUUCCUUUUCGAGAACUGUUACGAAUUAUAUAACAGGGAAUUUCAGGUGGAUCCAAACGAAGCCAAACGCGAAUCUGACGACCAUGGACCAAAAUUGGAUAGUGUGGACUUUUGGCAUAAGCUAAUUGCCUUAAUAGUGUCUGUGAUCGAUGAGGAUAAAAAUAGUUACGGCACUGUAUUGAAUCAAUUUCCACAAGAGCUCAAUAUUGGACAACUGUCCGCCGCUACCAUGUGGGGCUUGUUUGCUGUUGAUAUGAAAUAUGCCCUUGAAGAACACGAACAGCAUCGUUUGUGUAAAUCAUCCGAGUAUAUGAAUUUACAUUUUCGUGUCAAGUGGUUGUACAGUAAUUAUGUGAAGGAAGUGCCACCGCACAAAGGUGCUGUUCCCGAAUACCCUGCAUGGUUUGAGCCAUUUGUGAUGCAAUGGCUUAACGAAAACGAUGACGUGUCAUUAGAGUAUCUCCAUGGGGCCUUCAAUCGCGACAAAAAAGAUGGGUUUCAAAAAAGUAGCGAGCAUGCGUUAUUUUCAAAUUCGGUGGUUGACGUUUUCACUCAACUGACACAAUGUUUCGAUGUUGUUAGCAAACUCGAGUGUCCAGAUCCUGAAAUAUGGAAACGUUACAUGAGACGUUUUGCUAAAACAAUCGUAAAGGUGUUAAUAGCUUAUGCUGAUAUUGUGAAAAAAGAGUUUCCGGAACACAUGAAGGACGAACGUAUUGCUUGUAUCCUAAUGAAUAACAUCCAACAAUUGCGUGUUCAGUUGGAAAAAAUGUUCGAAUCUAUGGGUGGCGAUAAACUAGAAGAGGAUGCGGCAAAUAUACUUAAGGAACUGCAGCAAAAUCUCAAUUCUGCCCUUGAUGAUUUGGCGUGUCUUUUCGCCAUAAGUCUGGAACCACGAAUUACUCAAUCGGUACGAGAGCUGGGAGACUUGCUGCUGGCGAUUAAAGGUACUGGCGGAAGUGGUAAUAUAAACGCUCAAAAUCAGGUAGCCCAACGUAAUGCUGUUGCCGUGGAAGCUGAUGAAGUAUUGCGACCACUAAUGGAUCUUCUAGAUGGUUCAUUAACCCUUUACGCACAAUCAUGUGAAAAGACCGUAUUGAAACGCCUACUGAAGGAACUAUGGAAGAUUGUAAUGCGCACUCUUGAAAAGACUAUUGUUUUGCCACCAAUGACAGAUAAAACGAUGAUGUUCAAACAUCUAACCGAUAAUGCUAAAAACCUCGCAUCUAAUGCUAAAAUAGAAGAUAUGGGUCGUCUAUUUAAGUCACAUAUGGCUGGCAAACAAGAUGUUAAAAGUGCUUUAAGUGGUGUUAUGGACAUUUCCAAAGAAGUCGAAAAGAAUUUAUCACCUAAACAAUGUGCUGUUCUUGACGUGGCCUUAGAUACAAUUAAACAGUACUUCCAUGCCGGUGGCAAUGGACUGAAGAAAACGUUCCUCGAAAAAUCAUCAGAACUCCAAAGUUUACGUUAUGCAUUGAGCCUUUAUACCCAAAUGACUGAUACGCUUAUUAAAACGUUUAUAUCCAGCCAAGUGCUUGAAGUUGAUCCAGAAAAUCAAGAAGAAAGUGUUGGCGAAAUAUCUGUACAAAUUGAUCUAUACUCACAUCCUGGCACCGGCGAAUAUAAAGUGAAUGUAAAAGUUGUGGCUGCUAAUGAUCUUAAAUGGCAAAUUCCAUCUGGGAUGUUUCGUCCUUUUGUUGAGAUCAAUCUUAUUGGCCCGCACUUACAGGAUAAGAAACGUAAAUUUGCUACCAAAUCAAAAUCAAACAAUUGGUCGCCGAAAUACAACGAAUCCUUUAAUUUCACUAUUGGCACUGAAGAGCAGCUGGAUUUUUUCGAAUUGCACAUCUGUGUUAAAGAUUACUGCUUCGCUCGAGACGAUCGAUUAGUGGGCGUAGCCGUUAUACCUCUAAAGGAUAUAUUAGAGAAGGGUUCCGUUGCUUGUUGGCUACCAUUACAAAGAAGAAUUCAUAUGGAUGAGACCGGUUGGACAAUUCUACGUAUUCUAUCUCAACGCAAUAAUGAUGAAGUCGCCAAAGAAUUUGUUAAGCUGAAAUCUGAGAUUCGGCAGGAACCAACAGCCGGAACGUAGAGAUUUCAAUGAAGUUUACAAAAGAAUUCAUUUUACGCACACACACAGACCCAUAAAUACUUACAUACUUGCAUGCAAAUUUAAAGACUUUCAUACGUUUAUACAUACAUAAAAAAAACAUACUUUAGUACAUACCUACAUAAAUAUAUAUCGAAUAUUUUCAAAUAUAUUAAAAACUAAAAUAAUAAUAAUAAUAAAAAAUAAAAUACUUACUUUAUCAACUUAA